CUCAGCAAGAUGGCGGCGAACUCGAGCACAAACGCCCCCAGUUUUGACUGUCCGUCAUGGGCAGGAAAACCACCACCUGGACUCCAUUUGGAUGUGGUUAAAGGAGACAAGUUGAUCGAGAAACUAAUCAUCGAUGAGAAAAAGUUCUACUUGUUUGGGAGGAACCCAGACCACUGUGACUUCACGAUAGACCAUCAGUCAUGCUCACGUGUCCAUGCAGCACUCGUCUAUCACCGGCACCUCAAGAGGGUCUUCCUCAUCGACCUCAACAGCACCCAUGGCACUUUUUUGGGCAGAAUUCGUCUGGAGCCCCAGAAACCUCAGCAGGUUCCCAUCGACUCGACUAUGUCGUUUGGGGCGUCCACGCGAGUGUACACACUGAGAGAGAAGCCUCAGGCGCAGCCCAGCACUACAGCAGGUGACAGCGGUAUAGAGGACGAAGAGCUGAAAGGACUGCUCGGCUUGCCGGAAGAAGAGACCGAGCUAGAUAACCUGACAGAGUUCAACACGGCACACAACAAGCGCAUAUCUACUCUCACCAUCGAGGAGGGCAACCUGGACAUCCAGAGGCCCAAGAGGAAGAGGAGAAGCUCGCGAGUGUCCUUCAGCGAGGAAGAAGAGAUCAUUAACCCUGAGGAUAUUGACCCAUCGGUUGGUCGUUUCAGAAACAUGGUGCAGACCGCAGUUGUACCCUUAAAGAAGAAGAAAUCCGAGGGACAUGGCACCCUUGGUGUGGAGGACAAUACGGUACGUCGUUUCCAGAACUUCCCCCUCAGCUCAGGCCUUUACGGUGACCUACCCCCUGCUAGUCAUGAGGCAAGCACCCAGAACAACGAGCACCAAACAGGGUCGGCCAUCUUGAGCGGCGUCCCUCUACCCUACCCCAACCCAGCUCCAGAGGUGGACGUCUUCACCCCUACAGCACAGCCGGCAGCCAUGUUGAAACCAAGCCCCGCCCCUGGACCGUACACAGCCGAAUCUAUGAACGAGCCACGCAAGAAGAAGUAUGCCAAGGAGGCAUGGCCUGGAAAGAAACCCACACCUUCACUACUCAUCUAAUCCGUGUUGUUGGAUGGUGUGAUGACCUGUACUUGACUUUUACAAACUAAACGCUUGUAAAAGUUCCAAAAUUGUAUUUUUCUUAAAAAAAACAAACAAAGAAAACACCUCAGUCAUGUCUCAGUAUCAGAAUCUUCUAAAAGAGAGCGUAAUUCAUUAUAAAUUAUAGUUAAUGUCAUAGCAGAGUAACAAUGUUUCCUAGAGACUUACAUAAACAACUCCUUUGGUAUUGUAGGUUCUUUACUGAGGUGUUUUAAUACUGUUAUGGAUGUGUUACAACACGUUUUCUGUUUGUUACCCAAUGCAGAUCACAGCAUACCAUUGAAAUAGCAGAUGACUACA